UGAACGCGUCCCUGGUUGAGUUUACGACCAAUAGGAUUUAACUGAAUCGUUUGCGUUUAAACUUUAACCCCUAGGUUACUGGCUAUAGUUUAUAGGCUACAUGCAGUUUAUGGUCUUCUUUAUUGGCAGACACUCAGAAUGUCAACGAAUACCGUGCGGAUUCCAAUCGAAAAUGAUUUUCUUACAGGGAAUAAACGGAAAGUAGUGCCUUUGACACUGGAAGUAAAUUAUCUAUGUGUGUAAUACUCAUAUGGUGUUUUUGUUAUUUAAAUCUACUUCAUGUAGUACUUGUUCCAUAAUCGACUGACGUGGGGACCUUGGAGGGCUGGUCGAGAAAGCCUGGAUGACUGGAUACUACGCUGAGCCUCGCAGUACAGUAACCCUACUCAUGCUUUUGUUUAUAGACUUUAUAGUGAUUAUCGCUUUGGUUACAUAUUUCAACAAUGUCGCAACUGGCAUGUAAACAAAGAAAGACGACGUGCUGUAAUUUAUUUUCCCGAAAACUCAUGGUCGUGGAUAGUCUACAUUGAAUACGAUUAUUGUCAACCAAAUAACCAGCGUCAUUGACCCAGGUGGACGUUUACUAACUGUUCAGGCAGGUUCCUGCACGCUCUCUGUUUAAAGGUUAGGCUACUUGUACCGUAAAUGGAGGUUGGUCUUGACUAAUUUUUGUAUUGCCAUUUUAUUAUUGUUAGGCCUAAUCGCAAUCAACAAAAUAAUCCAUGUUUAAACGUGUGAGUCGAUUUUAAAAUGGUUGAAAAUCGAUGCUCCGUUCAAAGGGAAGGGGUCUACCGCUGGUUUUCGAUAUUGAACUCGGCCCAGAGAGCUGAGUUCAUUUGUGGGCUUUUGGACCUCUGUGUUCCCAUCGAACUACGCUUCCUCGGGUCGUGCUUGGAAGAUUUAGCCCGCAAGGACUAUCACUCCCUCAGGGAUGCCGAGAUCAAAGCCAACAACCCCGCUGACCUCUCGAACCUUACCAACAUCACGGACGAGGUCGUGAGGAGCAAGCUGCUUAUCUCCCUUGCACUUCUCAACUCCGACAAUCGAGAGGCCGCGGGUGUUCUCUUCCGAACGCUCACGCACAUCGACAUCAUCAUAAACAACUACGGCCUGCAGCUCAACGAUGGACAAACGGAUGAGCAGUUCCUUCUCCUCUUCACAAUGGCAUCCAAUCACCCGGCUUUCAGCUUUCAUCAGAAGCAGGUGCUAAGACAGGAGCUGACCCAGAUCCAGGAGAUCCUGCAGGUCACCUGUGGAGAGCAGCAGCCCGGGACUGGUGGCUGCGACGGGACUGGAGCGCUUGCCACCCUGUCUCCCGCCACUAACAUCCCAACCUACAUCACUGCGCCCACCCUCGACUCCUGUCAGGUCGGGUGUCCAUGUUCUCAUAAGACACUGCACCGAGAGGUCGGGGCAGGGCGAGGGAACGAGGGAAUUGUCCCAGAAUCCAUGCCUCACAUGCCAUCUCUCUCAUGCAAGGAGCUGCCAGUCAAGGUGCACGUUGGGAAACACAGCAAAGUGAACAUAGAGAGGAUAGAGCUGAGGGGAGUAACCAACAAGGGGGGGAAACCAAGUGAAUAUAUGCUAGAGGUCAAAUGGUCAGACUCCUCUGUGUCCACUGUAAGCAGGACUCACCAGGAGGUGCUGGACUUUCUCUCCCAGGUCUCCCAGCUUUUCUCUGAUGAAGGUUUAGAGAAGUUCCUGCCUCAGUCCCCUGGCCUUGAUCAGACCUCUGAGCUGGACCCCAGGUGCCUAACAGCGCUUCCAGUUCACAUUCUCAAACACUACCGGGCCAGACUCUUCUUCAGCACUACUGCCCCCACCGCCACCGUCCCCUCCUUUCUCCCCACUGCAAAUCUUGGGUGCCUGCUUCAAUACAGAGGAGCCAACAGGGCUGUGUGUGGUGUGGCCAGUAUCCAGCCAGUUAUGAGCAUUCACAACUCCAUUCCGCCUUGCUCUCCAAACCAGCUGCUCCCCCAGGGCACAGUGCCCACCCUUCCCCCCGGCAGGGUGGGGGUAUCAGGGGGGGACAACGCGCCCUCUCCCGGGCACCUCCAGAACCCUGGCCCGCCACAGAUGAGUAGCCCAGAACAGAAUGGCAUCCUGGACUGGCUGAGGAAACUCCGCCUGCACAAGUACUACCCAGUCUUCAAACAGCUGACCAUGGAGGAGUUCCUUGGACUCACAGAGGAGGAUCUGAACAGGUAUGACCUCACCCAGGGAGCCAAGAAAAAGCUGAAGACGCAGCUGGAACUGCAGAAUAGGGAGAAGAGGUAUAUGAUGUCCCAGUUCCCUGUGUCCUGUAGUGGCAUCGCCAGGGUUACUCCAUCUAGCCACAUUGGUCCAGUGGCACAAGUCCACUCCAGCAACAACACAGAGCUACGUGUGGAGGUAGAGACGGGCAUGCACCCUCUCCCCCGGGACAGCAGCUCCUCCUCGGGUUAUUCCAGCUCUUCCUCCAGCCCCAUUACCCCUCUGUCUCGGGAAGGGGCCUUCGACAGGGCCAAGGAGCCGCACAGACGCAUGGAGUCAGGACUAGACCUCGGAGAGAAGGACAGGACAUGUGUUCCCCUGAACCCCACCGUUACAACAGGUCCUAGUCGGCCCACUGCUCAGGUUCUUCCUGUGCAGAAUGAUCCUAUACCCUGCCCCUCCCACAUUGGCCUUCCUCCACCCUCCUUGCCCCUACUGUCACCAAGACGCAUGCUGGCCUCCCCCCGUAAGUCCCGGCCCCCUCCCCUUUGCCCUAAUGAGCGGGCCAAACCCCUGGGUUCAGGCGUAGCUGUUGGGGUGCGGCUUGAGAGCCUGUUCCCUGGCCUGAGUGUGGACAGUGUGGGGUUCCCUCCCCUCCACCAGGAUUCUGCUGGGCCCCGGGGGCCCUCUGGGGUCACCAUGCUGCGCUCCCUUGAAGGGCCGAUGGUGGAGACCAGCACCGCCCUCACCACCACCUCUAACACCCUGCAUCACGUCUCACACCCCCCUCUACACCUACAGGUGUCCUCCUCCUUACCCCGUGCUGGACACUACCCUUACCCGUCUUCCUCCACCUCCUCUUCCUCAUUAUCUCCCUCCUUUAAGUCAGCCUUCCCAUCUGUGAGUGGCAUUUCCAUGGGAACCGCGAGCAGCGUUCCCAUAGCAGCGGUGCCAGGCAACACCUAUUGUGUCAACAGUAGCGCUGCUGUCCUGCCAAGCUCCAGUCCCACUUCCACAGAGAACAGUGGCUACACCAUCGCCUCUGGCUCCACCCCAAGCCCAUCUGUGUGCGUGUGCAGCUCCUGUGGUUGCAGUGGGAACUGUGGUUCCUACGGGGCCCUCCCGGCCAACUACGCAGGGUACUUCCAGCACCCCUUCUCAGGGACGUCAGUGUUCACCCUGGGUCCCCUGCUUCACCUCAGUCCCCUGCUGGCUGGGAGCAGUACUGCCUUCCCCUACCCCCUGGUGGCACCGCCCCUCUACAACAGCAGCAUGUCUCACAGCCAUGACACACAGGGGCAGCAGGGGCUGGUCCUGCCCCCCAUGCAGGGAUUUCUGGGGGCCGGGGCCAACAUGUACCAGCCUCAUGGAGUGGUGGGGAACGGAGGGCACAAGAAGCCAGAGAGCCUGUCCUGCUACAACUGUGGGGUCAUCGGCCAUCGGGCACAGGAAUGCAAGCAGCCACCCAUGGACGCAGCUCAGCAAGGCACAUUUCGGCUGAAGUAUGCUCCUAAAUCAGACAGCCAGGACUCAGGGGACUAAGAAAAACUCCUGUGAUCUCACACCUGCGCACAUCAGCACCUUAUGUUCCUCAGAUUGGAGGAGCUCCUUUCAUUGCAGAGUACGACCCUGCCUCACACAGGAAGCGGCGCAGGUCCUAAUCCAGGCACUUGUCAUCUCCCGUCUGGAUUACUGCAACUCGCUGUUGGCUGGGCUCCCUGCCUGUGCCAUUAAACCCCUACAACUCAUCCAGAACGCCGCAGCCCGUCUGGUGUUCAACCUUCCCAAGUUCUCUCACGUCACCCCGCUCCUCCGCUCUCUCCACUGGCUUCCAGUUGAAGCUCGCAUCCGCUACAAGACCAUGGUGCUUGCCUACGGAGCUGUGAGGGGAACGGCACCGCAGUACCUCCAGGCUCUGAUCAGGCCCUACACCCAAACAAGGGCACUGCGUUCAUCCACCUCUGGCCUGCUCGCCUCCCUACCACUGAGGAAGUACAGUUCCCGCUCAGCCCAGUCAAAACUGUUCGCUGCUCUGGCCCCCCAAUGGUGGAACAAACUCCCUCACGACGCCAGGACAGCGGAGUCAAUCACCACCUUCCGGAGACACCUGAAACCCCACCUCUUCAAGGAAUACCUAGGAUAGGAUAAAGUAAUCCUUCUCACCCCCCCUUAAAUGAUUUAGAUGCACUAUUGUAAAGUGGCUGUUCCACUGGAUGUCAGAAGGUGAAUUCACCAAUUUGUAAGUCGCUCUGGAUAAGAGCGUCUGCUAAAUGACUUAAAUGUAAAUGUAAAUGUAUUGACGUGACUCUUUGAACACCAGUCACAGUUUUGAUAGUCGGCUGGUGAAUGGUGGCCACUCAACUCAACUUCGAUUCUUGCUUGAGACCAUGAAGAAAGUGAAAUUAUAGAGUCAAUUUGGAGGGUGCUAUUUUUGAUUUUUUUAAAUACAUAUUUUUUACCUUUAUUUAACUAGGCAAGUCAGUUAUGAACCAAUUCUUGUUUUCAAUGACGGCCUAGGAAUAGUGGGUUAACUGCCUUGUUCAGGGGCAGAACAACAGAUUUGUAUUAGUUCCAGUCCAUCUAUAACAGAUGAUUUUGGUCAAAGGAAAAAAUAAAAAUAUGACAAAACUCCUCACGCUACUCAGGUCACACCUCAGUGUCACUCAGUUCUGUAGCCAGACCCAACCCUUUCAAAACAAGUCAUGUACUGUUCUAAGACAAGAUGGCCUUUUAAAUUGCUCUGGAGAAGAAAGUUGGAUGUAUUUCUGAGAGGAUGAUGAAGUGUGAAUGUAAAGACAUAAGAUGACUGCCAAAUAAUGCACAUUGACUGACUGUCUGCCAAAUCUUCCUCCUCUGGAACAAAGCAUGUCUCUGAGGAAACAAGGAAGUACUUCUGUCAUUUCCCUUUGUGUUGCCAGACAGCACAGGGGAAGAGGAAGUGAAACAAACAAGUGCUUUAUUCAACAAAUCAUUCACUGUGGGUACUUAGCCCUGUACAGUGCAGGUAUUAAUGAUGAAAAGAAACAGAUGGUGCCAGCAAUACUAAGAUGUGCCAUUGAUUUUGUUUUGUGCCGAACUGCCUGGAAAUGAUUCCAAACUUGUUUAAUCAUUUAGAAGUUUAGAAGUUGGAGCAGUCUAAUUGUUAUAAUCACCACCCAAAAUGGGUGGUGGUAAAAUGUAAGAGGAUCCUUUUUGAGAAAGAUUAGAUAUUGAAUGUGUCAGUGAAUGUCUCCUUAAGUUGCCACCACGGUGUGGCAUGUGAAGCACUUUUAUGAGACUGGCUGGUCCCAGGCCAUUGGAUGUGAGUGUAACAUGUGGACAGUGGUCCUCAAGGAUGGACAAGUUAUUAUAGGUUUGUUGUGUUGCACUGGAGUGUCCCUAGCCAGGUAUGGAGGACACAAUUCAGUCAUAAGGGACAUUUCUUUGAUAAUGAUCAUAUGUACCAAUAAACACUUGCACCUAUUGCUUCUAAUAGAUAGUCAAGACUUCGACAAAAUCAGGAUCCACUUGGAGUUCCAUUCUGGUGGAUGUGAUAUUUGUAGGGAAGGAUCAGGAAGUGGUCACUGAAGAUCAAGGAAUUAUAGGACAAUCCAGGACUGUAUCUUGACUAUCUGUACAGUAUUGCAUGUCAGGGACUGUUGUCAAAAAUGUUUUGACCACAUCCAUGCUGUUUAUGGUCUAGGUCUCAUGGGAGUAAGAGAGUUUACAGUAGGCACAUUAUGGCUGCAGAGCAAACAUGAUUCUCUGGUGGUUCAUUUGUUUUUACACUGUUCUGUAACAUUGUGUUUAGUUAAUACACCCAGGUUCAUGCUGCAAACAUUGUGCAAACCAAUUAGAUUUAUAAUCAUGUCUUUAUAUCAUUAAAAUGAAAUAGUGAAAUUAUUGACCAUGGGAAAUCACGUUUCUGCACAAAGCUGUGCAUCCUAGAUGCCUUAGCAACCCUGAAUGGUACAAUCAUUUACUAAAGAAAAUGUAUGGCCAUAAUAAAAUGAUACUGCAUUUUUGCUUCUGGAACGGUUUCAGCUUACUUGGUUCCAAUGAGAUUCUUGUCAAACAUAUAAUGACAUCUAAUUAGCUGGUAUUAUUUGACUGUAACGUAGCAAUUUUUUUAGUCAAUAGCUAUGCAUGUUGUUUGAUUUAAAAGGUGUUUUAAAACAUUUGGUAUCAUUGUGAAGCAGAUUUGAACGAAGGGCAGAUUCUGUUUUAUUUUUUUUAAUGUCAGAUUUUUGUAUCGUAUGGUGUAUUGUGUUUCAAGAUUUACCUGUUUUAUAUACUGCAUGAAAAACAUUGUAAAAAGCAUUUUGUUUUCUGAUUUCAUUGGCAACACAGUGUCUAAUACCAGCAUAGGUGUUCUAGAUGGGGAACACACCACAGAAACUUUUACAUCGUUUACAUUUGUUUUUUUUAUUCAUAAAAUACCAACAUAAAUACAAGAAAAGGUUGUAAUACUGCUGUAAAUAUGAAGAAUGAGUGGCAAACACAGGAGAAUGCAGAGGAACAUUGGGUUGAUAACUGUACCAUUCCUCUGUUAUUAAACCAUCAAUCAAACUGA